GCUGAACAGAGGCUCUUGUGCGUGCACAUUCUUUUGCGCCCGUCAGGAAAAAGGAAAAUUUCUUUUUCCGCGGCAUCUGCCUGACCCGCUACGACGUCGGCAUCGGAAAGUUGUGAUCCAAAUCCAUCCCUGCACGCCGGAUUUCAUAUCGCGCAAACCUUUCCGGACUACGCCUCGGGAGGACACAACGUGAAAAAAGUUUCGCUACGAAAGUGGAAGAGGAAGCCGCACAGGAGAAGAAGAAACCCCAGCCAGCCAUCAUUCGGCGAUACGCGCGCGAGUGUGUAUGUGUGUUUGCGCCGUGUUUUUCUUCGCUCGAUUUUAACUACAGCGCAAAGUCAACGACGACGACGACGAAGCUGUAUCGCAGUAGUUGCAGCAACAACAGGAGCAACCGGAUAAUAUAUCCGUACGGUGGAAAGUAGUGCCGGAAGGAAGGGAAAACGUAAAAUCUUCCUCUCCCCCCGACGUGUGCCCACCCCUUUCGGUCCAUUCAAUCCCGGUGUGUGUCCUCCCGUCAUCAUUGAGCGUAACUGAGUCUAUCGAUUCAAAAUGUCGGACGUAGAGUUAUCAAACAUAGACCACCUCAUCGCGAUGCUUUUAGAAGUUCGCGGUGCAAGGCCGGGGAAAAAUGUACAACUGUCGGAAACGGACAUACGUCUGCUAUGCCUGAAGUCGAGGGAAAUCUUUCUCUCCCAACCGAUACUGCUCGAGCUGGAGGCACCGUUAAAAAUCUGCGGUGACAUCCAUGGUCAGUAUUAUGAUUUGCUGCGUUUGUUCGAGUAUGGUAGCUUCCCGCCAGAGUCGAACUAUUUGUUCCUCGGUGAUUACGUCGACCGGGGAAAGCAAUCGCUGGAGACGAUCUGUCUGCUGCUGGCGUACAAAAUCAAGUAUCCGGAAAAUUUCUUCUUGCUGCGCGGCAACCAUGAAUGCGCAAGUAUCAAUAGAAUAUACGGGUUCUACGACGAGUGCAAGCGGCGCUACAAUAUUAAGAUGUGGAAAACGUUCACCGAUUGCUUCAACUGUCUGCCGGUGGCCGCGAUCGUAGAUGAGAAAAUUUUCUGCUGUCACGGCGGUCUCAGCCCGGACUUGCAGUCCAUGGAACAGAUUCGACGCAUUAUGCGACCCACAGACGUGCCAGAUCAGGGACUGCUUUGCGAUCUGCUGUGGUCCGAUCCUGACAAGGACACGAACGGUUACGGUGAGAACGAUCGUGGUGUCAGCUUCACCUUCGGUGUCGAUAUUGUGGGCAAGUUUUUAACCAAGCAUGACUUUGAUCUAAUCUGUCGAGCACAUCAGGUGGUUGAGGAUGGCUAUGAGUUCUUUGCCAAGCGGCAACUCGUAACUCUCUUCUCCGCUCCCAACUAUUGCGGAGAAUUCGAUAAUGCCGGUGCAAUGAUGUCCGUCGACGAUACGUUGAUGUGCUCGUUCCAAAUUCUGAAGCCAGCCGAUAAACGUAAGUUCCAAUAUGGUGGCCUCAAUUCCGGACGGCCAGUUACACCACCGCGGAAUUAUAGUAAAAACAAAAAGAAAUAAUUUAUCCAAUAGUACUAUGCUCUUACAACAACUACUACUAUUAAAACUACUACAAAUUACGUACUACCAAACUUGUGCGGUAUCCGUUCUGUUGCAUCUACCCGCCCCCAUCUCUUCCCCCCCUCAGUACUCCAGGGUGUUUCCUUUCAAUUCCCUUAUAAACAUUUUAUAAAACAACACUUGAUCGACUGACAAUGCCAGUGGCCAGGGGGACGCGAGCGCGCGUUCGCCUGGUGAAUUGUGCAAGGCAAAACAAAAUGUAUCUUCGAUAAACACUAAACUGUGGACAGUUAUGUCAUCACAAUUCGUUGCCGCCGGUGUGCGUGGUUCAUAUAUACACACACGCGCACACGUCGGGUUGCGAAGAAGUCGAGAUGUUAGGAUUCAACCUAUAAAGUAGCUAUAAACAGGUGCAGUUGAAACAGUCCGACCAUCUUUCAUAAAGGAACGUGCGCAAGGGCGGUGCAAAAGGAGAAAAGUGCAAGAUAAUAGGCAUGGAAGGCGUCCCCACUGGAAUCACUACUGUUUUUUCUGAUUGUUUUGUUGUUACUCGACGAUACGCGCUUGGAAGACAAAAACACAGAGCAAAAAUUAGACGAUCUGUUAAUCACAACGCAAUACGCGGGGAAACUGGGCGAAAAAAGCGCACCACCACCGUUGCAAGGAGGGAAGGAUUCGAACAUAUAGUGACAAACAACAUAUUCGCCAACCAUUUAAGGUGUAGAACAGUAGUAGACAAAGGUAAACCACAGGAACGUUUCUGGAUGAUAAUUGAAUUUAGAAACACGUUAGGAACGCAAAUGCAGUGUGGAAAGAGGUAAAUAAACAUUGAGAGAGAAAGAGAGAAAAAAAACAUGAAAUAUGCAUGCUAACAACACAUGAUAACAAAUGGUAGAUUUGUCAGUUGGUGAGAUGGCCCACCGUAAUCCAGUGGGCCAAGUAGCAGCGCAUAUGUGUGUGUGCGUUGUUGUCGUGUGUGUGUGAAUUUGAAAUGCAAUGAAACAUUCACACUUCUGCGUUCUCUGUAGGCAGCGUGAUUGCACCAACAAACAACAGCUCAAACACACACCACCACCACCCGCCGGCACCGCGCCUGACUUACAAUGAGCAGCACUACUAGAAGUGAGGUAUAAGAAUUCUUUGAUUACAAUAAUUGAGACAAUGUUUUUACAAACAGUGGCCACCGGCGCAACUGAUAGUAGCACAGAGGGGGGAAGGCGAAAGAGAAAACCGCCAAAAACAGUAAUACCGCCACUAAUGCGCGAAAUCAGCAAAACAUUCAAGCAUCCCGUGCCGCCGGGUAGGAAGAAAACAAAAGAGAGAGAGAGAAAGGGAAGCAAAACUGGCUCCAUUUUUCUUUGCUGAUUGAGAUUACGAUUAAAUAUUGCGCCCUUGACUGGCGGGGUAAGCAGCUGGGAUGAAAUCCCCCAACUACAUUUAACGUAAACUGUUCUUUCUUGUGUAUCGCGCGCAUAACAGUUUUCCUCCUUUUUAUAUUGUUAACAUGUUGUAAUGUAAUGGCCCAACCAAUCCAGAUUUAGUGAACAAUUUCGAUUAGCAUAUCAGCAAAUCAGGCUAGGGGGAGGACUUUAUUUUACGAUUCAGUCAGAACCGCGGAACAACAAAGGAGACAAAUGUCUACUCGCGUGUCGAUGGUCCCUUAAGGGAUUAUUUGCGCGGUCUUAUCGGAAGGGAGCUUUCGGGCUGCUAGAAGACACCAAUUGGUGGCACGGAAGUUGACGGGAUUUGCCAGUUCAUUAUUGAAAUGUCUCCAUUAAUGUUAAUAAAGUACCGACACACUUUGGACAGUCUUCAGACCCGAACCUCUAUGUGUGCGCACUGUGUGGGUUAAAUUUAUCGUUGCAUUACGAGAGAAAUUGCAUUAUGCGUUAUUAAAUGCUUGAGAUCGAUUUGGCAUCGAACAUUGAGGUCUUAAAGAAAAUUGUAAUGUUUAGAGUGACGGAAUUUUCGUUUAUUUAUCUUAUGUUUAAUGUAAAAUAUCUUGCAAACUGUACGUUAUGUGUCAUUGCAUGUGUAUCAUAUUAGUGUCCUUUUGUUUGAAAUCAAUUAGCUCAUCUUUUUUUUACCGUUGUAAUACGCAUCUGUUCUAUGUCAUAUAUGUUGACCAGGAUGUGGUGUGUUAGGAUUCUGGUUACUAGUUAGGUUUUCUUUCCUGUGCUUUGAUUUCGAAGGGACUACGAUAAUAAACUGGCAAGUCUUGCAAUGGCAAACAUGAUAGCUAAACGGCGAUGCAUUUUAUGCAGCGGUUCGUCACACUCUGGAAUAUAAAUAGAAAUGAAAUGAUUAAUUUUCAAUAUUAAUGAAAAAAAACGCUCCAAACGCCUUGCUGCGGGGUCAUACUUUA